AUGGGUUCAAGUUCGCUAGUAUUUAUUUUGUGUCUUGCAAUUGUGCCGGGUUUUUGCACGUCUGCCGAAGAAGAGGUGACUACGAAGAGCUUGGAAGCGGAUCUCGGUGAUGUGCUCAAAGUGCUCGCCUCAAAAUUUAUGCCCGCAGUCACGGAUCAGAUCUCGGGCCCGGAACUCAGCAUUCCGUGUUCCGCGAGUUUGCUGAAGAUCUACUUUGCGCUCAAGAACAAGGAUGCUUGGGCAAUUCGAAUGGUGUUGUCCAAUGGGCUCAUCCCAAACAACGUCCUGGAAGGCAGUGUCGUGAACCUCGGCUCCUACGAACAGUGUCUCAAGACGAGAGCUUACAACCAGCUCAAUAAAGUCAGCUUUAAGGGUCAGUACUGCUCCCUGCACAUCGUCCCAAACAAGGAGCGGCUCGAACGGCUCGUUACAAGGUUCCAAGCUAUCGGAGAACUCACGGGUCGAUUCAAUCCGCUCACGAGAACCACGAAUGCCAAGUUUGCUGCCCAAGAUUUUCGGACCGGAUUGUGUACGCCGUCAACUUGCACCACGCUUGAUCUAAAUCGUUUUAUGUCCAAAGUUCUCGGCCAAUAUGGCAUAAAUGGUACAGUCACAGGCUGCCGGACAGAUGAUCCAAAGAAAGUUACUGUACUUCAAGCAACUUCAAUGGCUAUUCUUGGUACCAUAUGCUUCAUAGUAGCUAUUGCAACUGUCGCAGAAUGGACAAUUGAACGAAGAACAGGAGGAGACGAGAAAUUUAAAGUUGGGACACCUCUCAAGAUGCUGCUUUUUUUCUCGGCCAUCAGCAACACGCGACACUUGCUGAGAACUGAGAACACAGAGAAAAAUAAGCCGCUCUUGUUUCUUGGAGGCUUCAAAGUGAUCCUGAUAUUCUGGGUCAUCUACGGACAUGCCUACAUCAUGGUUCAGUUGGAAUUUGCGCAUAGCGUAUUUACCAUCGGAGAUGUGACCAGAAAAGUAGCGUCGCAGGUGAUUCCGAAUGGAUUCCUGAGCGUUUCCACGUUCCUCUUUCUAAGUGGAUUUGCCCUUACUCACGUCGUACUGAGUGCUCGUCAAGCGUUACUCAAGCAAAAACUGGUCGUCCUUUUCUUUAUUGGUGUAGCGAAACGUUAUUUCAGGCUUACUUUUCCAAUUAUAGGGGUCAUUUUGUGCACAUUCCUCUUGCCCCUGCUGGUAGACGGGCCGGCAGACCAGGACUUUUUUGCCAGCGAAAUUAACGGUUGCAUCAACAGGUGGUGGACAGUAUUUCUUCACGUCAACAAUUUCAACCCCAUGAACAAUAUGUGUCUCCAGCAUCUGUGGUACGUCAGCGCUGACAUGCAGAUCUUUUUGGUAAUAGCACUGCCACUGACAUUGCUUUUCAUCAGACAUCCCAAAACUGCGUUUGCUGUAUCAUGCGUCGUUGCCCUGGUGUUCUGCGUGCUGACGACGCUACAAAUAUAUUUCUGGGACAUAGCAUACUCAAUGACUUUGGGAACAAACGACCAGAAGAAAACCUUCCAGUCACUAGAGUUUAUCUACUAUCGUCCCUUUACCCAUGUAGGCACGUAUAUAUUGGGACUGAUUGCAGGGUACUUGGCACUGGAUCAUAAAAAAUCAACUAUUCAUCCUGUUAUACAGGCCAGUCAGUGGUUGCUGUCUAUCGCACUGGCGAGCUUUGUGAUGUUUGUAACAGUCCCAUGGAACAGAGGCCAUUUGCCAAAUGAAGUCAUCAACGCUGUCUACGGUGGUUUCCAUCGACUCAUUUGGGCAGCAGCACUUAUUUGGCCGUCGUAUGCAUGUGCGACGGGUCAUGGGGGUAUCCUGAACGGGUUUUUCGCCUGGAAGGCGCUGAGGCCAAUCUCAAGGCUUACUUACUGCAUCUAUCUCGUUCACCUGUGGUUCUUCUUGGUCAAAAUGGGAGGCCUCAAGACAAACUUUGACCUUGCAGAGUACCUUCAGCUUAUGACUUCUCUGGGAAUAUUCUGCUUCAGCAUUUUUUUCGGGUAUCUGCUGUUCCUAUGUUUCGAGUGCCCUGCGUUCCACAUACAGAAGAUGAUCUUCGACAAGCCAAGGCCCGAAAACGCUCCGCAGGACAAGAAGUCAAUAUAUGACAAUGGAGCGGAAAAGUCUCGUUUGUAA